CUGAUGAUCUGUUUUUGGAUUGUAUUUUGACAAGUAUAAGAAUGGAUCUGUUGAUUUUAGAGGGAAAUUGGGGAUUACCAAGUGUUGAUCCAGUUUGCCUUCAAGUUAUGGCUUACUGUAAAUUUUCUGGUGCUCCAGUUAAAAUAACAAGAAGUAAAGGAAUAAAUCAAGUGUGCUAUGAAUUGCCAUAUUUCACUCAUGGAUUAAAUAUUAAAUUAACAAAAUUUAAAGAUAUUAUUGCACAUCUGAGAAAGCAGAAUUAUUGUGCAGAUUUUGAUUUAUCACAAAAACAAUGCUCAGAUAUUAUAGCAUAUUCUUCACUGUUAAAAAAUUCAUUAUAUCCUGCAUUAUUAUAUAUCUCAUGGAUAGAUGAACAGAAUUAUACAGAAGUGACAAGACCAUGGUAUGCAAAAAUACUUCCUUUCCCAUUCAAUUACUUUGUUCCUGGACACGUGCAACGUAAAGCAAUUAAAACAAUUCAUUCCCUUCAAAAUUAUGAAAAUAUUAAUGAAGAACAAAGAGAGACACAAAUAUAUAAGAAAGCAGAAGAAUGCAUGACUUUACUUUCAGAAAGAUUAGGUGAAAAUGAAUUUUUUUUUGGGAAAAGGCCAUGUUCAGCAGAUGCAUUAGUAUUUGGAUACCUUGCACCAAUUCUUAAAAUUCCAUUCCCUAAUGCAGCUCUUCAAAAUUAUUUAAAAAGUUGUGAUAACUUAAAUCAGUUUGUUAAUAGAAUUUUGCAAAGAUACUUUCCAGUUUUAAAUGAAGGUAAGAGUUCUGUUUAAAUGCAAUAAAUUUUGUUUAACACUGAAUUGAAACUUAUGAUUAACUAAAUGAUAAAUUUUUUAUUUGCACAUACAAGAAUAUUG